AUGAAGAAAGACCUCAAAUAUGCUGCUAUUAUCAUUUGUUCUCUGAUCGGCUGCCUGGCGCUGUAUAAAAAUUGGGAAUUUAAGAAAACGGAAGCAGCAAAAAUCCCAAUCGCUAUUGUUAUAAUGGUCAAGGAUAGUUUCAAUGAUGAGAAUUACCGAAUAGCGGUGAACUCGAUUCGCUGCUAUGCGGAGGUCCAAGAAUAUGCCUAUUUUUACAUCGACUACAGCAAAAAUCAGACGCUGCAGAAGAUGUGUCCGCAAGAAGACUUCCUCUUCGCUCGCCAUUGCAUCAUGGUCGAUUUAAUGAAACGAGAACCAUACGAUUGGUUCCUAUUUUUCGGCGCUGACAACGGAGUCAUCAACCCAAUCCGAAGGAUCGAAGAAUACAUUCCCGAAGAGCCUACUGUAAAUGUGAUGUUCUACAACCGUUUUUAUAACGACGAGAUUAUGGCCGAUUCGUAUUUGAUACGAAACACCCAACAAUCCUAUGAUUUUCUUAACCUAUGGGUGGAAUAUUACAACAUUACGAAAGACUACGAAUGCAGUGGAACGGAUAAUGGCGCGAUUCAGGCCGUAGUGCUCGAGUUCUUCGCGCCGGAGCUGAACCGCUGGAACACGUACUGUCAGAAGAUGUGGUGGAGGGGAAAAAAAUACGCCGACCUCUUCCUCUACGAAGCUUGUGCUCAAUAUUUAUUAGCUCAAAUCCCGAAAGAAGUGCUGACUCAGAGAGGCUUUAAGUUAUACGAGAAAGGCCAAGGCUGGUCCCGCGAUGGCUGGGUGACCGGGACAAGGUGGUGCGAGCGGGAUUUGUUCUUCCAUGGCUGGAAGAAAGAAAAAUUAAACACCGAAUGGAAGCUUCCGUUCAUCGCUGACGACUUUUUCGACAAAACAUGUACGCCGGGAGAGUUCACUAGCUACAAUUCCCACUACAAAGCGGACUGUCUUGACGUUGAUCUGGAGAUGCACGUCUUUUUCGAGGAGGCCAGACGAAAAUAUUAUAAGGCGCUGCGAAAGCUGCGCCAGCUGGAAAUGUUCCCGACCAAAAUCUAUGAAAAAUACGGGUUG